AAAGAGAUUGAGUCAGAUACGGAAUUCUCAUUCGACAUGUUGCUUCAUUUACUGUUGUGCUUGACAUUUCCCUUAACCUUUGCCGGAAAACUUCCUGCUGGGACGGUGUUUUGCAAGAGGAAAGACCCAAAUUUGAACAGCUGCCUUCAGGAUGCCAUACAGAAAUCAUUAUCUCAAUACUUAUCUGGAGUGGCAGAGUUAGGUCUUGAGUCGAUCGAUCCACUAACCAUAAACCAUCUCGUUAUCGAUAAAAAGAAAGACAACGGUAAUCCUGUUGAUAUCGAUCUUUCUUGGUCAGAUUUCACCAUCACCGGAAUAAAAAGCGCCGUGAUAACAAGUGCAAAAGCAGAUUGGGACAAUGGGUUCGUCUCGUUUGAAGCGGAGAUGACGGACCCUGUUGAAAUAAAAGGCAAUUACGCCAUUGACGGCAUUAUUCUUAUCAUUCCGAUCCACGGUCAAGGUGCUUUCGUCUGCAAACUGGAGAAGUUCAAGGCUCAUAUUAAAGUGCAUGGAACCGAGAUGGAAAAAGAAGGAAAGAAAUAUCUUCAAGUUGACCGUCUUGUUUUCACGUUCGACAUUGGCCUUCUCACGCUGAAUUACGAAAACCUUUUUAACGGGGACAAAGUUUUGGGCGAUACGAUGAACAAAUUUCUGAACGAGAAUUGGAAAGAUAUUCUGGACGAGAUGAAAGUCAGCAUAGAGACGAAUUUUUCACAGCAUUUCCAAACGAUAGCAGAAAAGGUUUUUCACGAAGUGCCGAUUGAUGAAAUUGCCCUACCAUAAACAUAUGCAUUAAAACUUAUUAAAUCUCAAAACUGUCAGUAGUUUGAUUCAAUUGUCAAUCUGUAUUAAUUAAACUAUUGCGAGAA